CUCCAGGCUUUCGAUCUCAUUAUAGCUCAGGAUCUCGGAAGACUUCGAAAGACACUGGAUGCAGGAAAUGUGUACACCCUAUUCCCUGAGGAUAGCGGCUAUCCUAAGGCUGCACAAGUGUACAACGGUCGUUUCAUAGUCGAACCAAUCGCCAUCACGUACCCUCAAAAUGCAGAUCAGGUUUCGAUUGCCAUCGAAGCUGGCGCGGAGCAAAAUAUCCGUGUAGUUUCUCGAAGCGGAGGGCACAGCUACAUCGCCAACGGCCUUGGCGGGAAAAACGGGUCUCUUGUCGUGGAUAUGAGCAACUUUUCAAAUGUGACUCUUGACUCGUCUACCAACUUGGCGAUUAUCCAGCCUGGUUGUCGACUAGGAGACAUAGCACUCGCGCUGAAUGACUAUGGGAGGGCAAUCCCUCAUGGCCAUUGUAGUACAGUUGGUCUUGGAGGGCAUGCAGCACAUGGAUCGUGGGGUUUUGUCUCUAGGCAAUGGGGGCUUACACUCGACCACGUCGUCUCUGCUCAAUUGGUAUUAGCCAACGGAUCUAUUACGACUGUCUCUGCAGAGAACAACCCAGAGUUGUUCUGGGGAGUCAGAGGAUCUGCUUCUUUCGGAAUUGUGACCUCCUACGAGUUCAGUACUGUUGCCAUUCCCGAAGAAGGCACCUACUUCGUGUACAACUGGAACGUGUCUGUCGCCGAGGCUUCUACUUUCCUGACAUCGCUUCAAGACUUUGUACAGAGUGGUAUUCCUAGUACACUAGGUCUCGAGUUACGCCUAUUUCGGGGCAACAUAGCAGGAAACCUGAGCAUCCAGCUUGACGGCGCGUACUUUGGUUCGCACGACUCGUACACCGAGACCAUCCAGCCCUACUUGGAUACGCUUCCCCCACCGGGAUUGACUACCAUCGCGCAAGGCAACUGGAUAGAGACAGUGGCAGCCUUGACAUUUGGUGCAUUGAACACCAGCACUCAGGCGCCUAUCAAUGAUACAUUCUAUGCUAAAUCGUUGAUGGUUCCCGAGGAUUCGCCCUUGAGCAAAGACGCUAUUGACGCGCUCAUGUCGUAUCUCGAUACUGUUGGUUUCAGUACAACUGAUGUGUUCUGGUUUGUAGAGAUUGAACUCUACGGCGGGAGCAAUUCGGCGAUCAAUUUGGUUCCGGUCGACCAGACUGCCUUUGCGCAUCGGAAUAAGCUGUUUAAUAUGCAGCUGUAUGCCACUUCUAUUGUUCCACCUUAUCCUGAAGACGGAUUUACCUUUCUGGAUGGUGUGUACUGUUACUUGUAUCACCGAUGUCAUAAUUUCCAACAGCCCAGGCGACUGGAAUUAUGGGUAAGGGUUUCUCUGUUUACCGUCACAUAUAUGAACUAUCCUGAUAAUCGCCUCGAUAAUUGGCAGGACCUGUAUUAUGGUUCUCAUUAUACUCGCCUACAGGCUCUCAAGAAAGAAUUUGACCCUUCCAACAUAUUCAGCUUUCCUUUAGCUAUCGAAGAGUAGUACGAAUCUGACUGAUAUUCAGCAAUUACAUUGUCCGAAAGUGGUGUAACAACAUUCUCAGAUGGACGCAUACAUGCGUAUACAGUAUAAUACAAGACCUAACUGAGGCCAAAGAUGGGGGUAACUAAGGAACGCCGAAAUGGAACGAAAGGGUAAGCUAGUGGAGUAAGGUAUCAAUCUGGUACAACAAAUGAUGCGACAAUGCGAGAUGCGAAAGCGAAAGUCAGAAUAAUGCAAACGACGAUAAGAAAACAAUGCAGUCCGUAGCAGACUAUAAUCCAUUAAACGAGAGAAAUAAGUGAAGGAGCGCAAAUUGGGGCCUAGCAGCCAUCCCACUCCGAGUUCUUGGGUUUAUCCCAUUGCCACGUUGUUAUAUUGGGAUCUGCACAGGAAAGAUGACGUUUCGGUGAACGUGGAAAACUGGGAAGUUAAGCUUACUCAUGUACGCCUCA